CCCAAACCCUAAUACUCUUCUUCUUAAACUUCUUCAUAUAACACUCCGCUACUCUAUCUCUUCAACCGCCGACCUCAGCACACGCACGAUCUAGGCUUCCUGCAGCAGCGCGACAGCAAUGGGGAAGGGAACCGGCAGUUUCGGAAAGAGGAGGAACAAGACGCACACACUCUGUGUGAGGUGCGGCCGCCGCAGCUUCCAUUUGCAGAAGAGCCGCUGCUCCGCCUGCGCUUAUCCCGCCGCUCGCAAGAGGACAUACAACUGGAGUGUGAAGGCCAUCCGUAGAAAGACCACCGGAACUGGUCGCAUGAGGUACCUUCGCAAUGUUCCCCGCAGAUUCAAGACCAAUUUUAGAGAAGGUACCGAGGCUGCACCAAGGAAGAAGGCUGCAGCUGUCUCUGCUUAAGGUCAAGGGUGCAUUUGUUCCUGCUUAUCUUUUAUUUCGAUCUUAGAGGACUGUUCAAUUUUUGGGAUUGACAUUUCUGCACCUUUUUUAUUUAGUUGUUACAUUUUGUUGGUUUUUCUCGCAACUAUUUUGAUACAUAUGGAUCGAAGACCAGUUCGCUUGAAUGUGCAAUUUUCCUUUGUUUUUUUCAUCCUAA